CCGGCGCCCCCCGCGCACCCAGCCUGGACGGAGCCGACCGCGCGCCGCAGCCAUCCCGCCAUGGAGACGCGAGAGCGGCGGCGCCCGCAGUUUCGGCUGCUGCUGCUGCUGCUCCUGCUCUGCGGUGGGUGUCCCCCGGUGGGUGGCUGCAACGAGACACGUAUGCUGGAGAAGCUGCCGCUCUGCGGGAAGGCCUUCGCCGACGUGAUGCGCACGCUGGACACGUGGAAGCGCUGCAACCUGUCCGAGUUCAUCGUGUACUACGAGAGCUUCACCAACUGCACCGAGGUGGAGACCAACGUGGUGGGCUGCUACUGGCCCAACCCGCUGGCGCAGGGCUUCAUCAGCGGCGUGCACCGGCAGUUCUUCGCCAACUGCACCGUGGACAGCACGCACUGGGAGGACCCCCCCGACGAGGUCCUCAUCCCGCUCAUCGCCGUGCCGGUCCUGCUGACCGUGGCCAUGGCCGGCCUGGUGGUGUGGCGCAGCAAGCGCCCUGACCAGCUGCUGUGAGGCCCGGCGGUCGCAGGGGCCGCACCUGGAGAGAGGGAAGGCCGGGCCGGGGGCUGGGGAGCCGCCCCGGACCCGGACCCGGACCCGGACCCGGUGGUCGUGGGCAGGCGCCACCCGGCCCCACAGCCCGCUGCACUCACGCUGCUCACUUAGGCGCUUCCUCUUUCUUGGGCCGGGGAAGAAAAUGCGCCAAGACCAGAGCCCGAAUCGCUGCUGCUGUGCCCUUCGCCCAGGCUGGCUGUCCGGGUGGUUCCUUCGCAGAGCCCUGCUUGGCCCCGCCGCCGGGCCUCCUGCCCUGACCCCACCUCCGGCCCGGCUCUGACUCCGCCUCCCAGCCCCCCUC